AAGAAGAGGAGGAGGAGGAGGAAGAGGAAGACUCUUGACUGGAUCGCCGGUUGGGAAAUCCGAGCCGCUCAAUCAAGCCGAAAAUAAGGACACUGAAGGGUUGCAUGCCUCAAUACCAAGAAUCUGCACCGAGCAAGAGACCUCUGCUAAGGAGACACAGAGACAUAUCUGGAGAAUGGAGGACAGAAGCGAGGAAGACUGUGUGCAGGAGAACGGACGAAGUGACGAGACGAACAGCAAACCCAGCGGCUCUCCAUGCACCAGUCUGAAGAUGUUUCUGGUAGCAUUGUCAUUCGCCUAUUUUGCCAAGGCUCUGUCGGGGAGCUACAUGAAGAGCACAAUAACUCAGCUGGAAAGACGCUUUGACAUCCCCAGCUACCUAAUUGGAGUCAUUGAUGGGAGCUUUGAGAUAGGUAACCUGCUGGUGAUAGCGUUCGUCAGUUACUUUGGGGCUAAGCUUCAUAGACCGAAGAUCAUAUCUUUGGGAUGCUUAUUGAUGUCUUUUGGCACCUUCAUCAUUGCUCUGCCCCACUUCAUCAUUGGACGCUAUGAGUUUGAAACGUCGGUGAGAUGGGUAGUGAACUCGACGCACAACUCAUCUCCCUGUCAGGGAGAUUCACCAGGAGACCAACCUGGUAUUUCACCUCAAGUGCCGUCCACAGGCUGCGAAGGCGAGUCCAACUUAUCAAUGUGGAUAUACGUGCUUCUGGGGAAUGUCUUGCGGGGGAUUGGGGAGACACCCGUUCAGCCCCUGGGGAUCUCUUACAUAGAUGACUUUGCUACAGAAGAAAAUGCUGCACUUUACAUUGGCUGUGUGCAGACCAUUUCAGUUGUUGGGCCUGUGUUUGGAUACCUGCUAGGCUCCCUUUGUGCCAAGAUUUACGUGGACAUUGGGUUUGUGAAGAUGGACACCAUCACCAUUACACCAGCAGAUGCCCGAUGGGUGGGUGCCUGGUGGCUGGGCUACCUCAUAGCUGGGGUCAUAACUUUGCUCUCUGCCAUCCCGUUCUGGUUUCUGCCCCGAUCUCUGCCCACAGCUGGUUCUAGGGUCCGAAAGAUGGGCACUCAGGAGGAAGCAAGUUUCAUCAAGGAGACUCCCCAUUCUAAGUACAAGUAUCAAGCAGAGGAACACAGCAGUUUUGUAGAAAUGGCUAAAGACUUUAUUCCAACCCUGCGAACUCUUCUUGGACACCCUGUGUAUGUGAUCUACCUGUGUGUGGUGGUCAUCCAGCUGAACUCCCUCAUAGGCAUGGUCACGUACAAGCCCAAGUACAUCGAGCAGCAUUUCAGGCAGUCUGCCUCCAAGGCUAACUUUCUCAUGGGUGUGAUCAAUAUCCCUGCUGUGGCAUUGGGGAUGUUUUCUGGUGGUCUGCUGAUGAAGAGGCUGAAACUGAACGUCAUGGGAGCAGCAAAGUUUGCUUUUUACACCUCCUUGAUUGGAUAUGUCCUGUCAAUGUUGUUUUUCACAAUGAGCUGUGAGAACGCCAAAGUAGCCGGAGUGACAGUAUCAUACAGCAAUGCGGAUAGUGUAUCCUAUGACAAACACUCACUUUUCAUGCCCUGCAACUCGGAUUGCUUUUGUUCAUCGAGUGAGUGGGACCCAGUCUGUGGACAAAAUGGCAUCUCCUAUGUCUCUCCUUGUCUGGCUGGCUGCAAUACUUCUACAGGCUCGGGGAAAAACACAAUCUUCUCUAAUUGCAGCUGUGUUGGUGUGACUGGUAACUUUACGGCCGGAACGGGUCAGUGCCUCAACAAGGAGGACUGCGACAGGAUGUUUCCGUACUUCCUAGCUCUCUCUGUCAUAACUUCUUUCAUCAUCUCGCUUGGUGGGACUCCAGGAUACAUGUUUCUCAUCAGGUGCAUAAAACCACAAUUGAAAUCUCUGGCACUUGGUUUUCAUGCUUUGGCAACACGUACACUUGCAGGGAUCCCAGCACCCAUCUACUUUGGAGCAAUUAUAGACACCACAUGCCUAAAAUGGGGCCAGAAAAGAUGUGGAGGCAUCGGAGCUUGCAGAAUCUACAAUACCUCCGCCUACAGGAUAGCUUACCUGGGCCUGACUCUGAGCCUACGGACUAUCUCCUUCGUCAUUUGCAUCCCGGGCUUCAUCCUGCUCAGCCGACAGCUGAAGGAGGAGGAGAAAAAAAGCGUCCUACACGGGGCCCUAACAAACGGCGGGACUGAACUGGAAGCUCUCAGAAAAGAGGAGUUUGCGGUUUUGAAUUCUGAUCAAGCCGUGCACACGGCGGACAACAGCACAGACAGGCACACCCAGCUGUGACUGCUGAGAAACAGAAAGGACUCCAAGUGUCUGACUUAUAAGAAAAUAUAUCCAAAGUAUGUACCCAGUGAUGCACACACAGGUGAAUACACACAACCACAUAUACAUAUAAAUACAUACAUGCGUACAAGAUUUGCAGGGAAUCACAAUUUCUGUUAUCUCAUGUCGACCAUAAAAUCUAUAAUUGUACCAUUGAAUGUGUGGUGUUGAGACUCUGGCAGAAAUUUAACCCACCUGACAAAUUCAUGGAAUGUACAUUCUGCUGUUUUUCUCAAACAAUCCGGAUUCAAGGCUCAGAAUGGAAACGUGACUAGGAAGCGAAGGCCACCACUACAACACUCCAGUUUGUUUCAUACACCAGCAUCUAUUAAGCUGCCUCUGUAGAUAGUUAUUUUAAAUGAGAGUUCUCCCUGUUGCCAGUGUCAUUAAACAAAGCAGGUAAAGUGGCCUUAGAAGUGAGAGGCACAGCGGGCUUUCAAAGAAAUGUUCUUUUUCUUUUUUUUUAUUUAUUGGUUUUGACGGGUUCUUGGGAGGUGUUUUGAGGGUUUGCGGCUGUUGAAGUCAUGUUAAGUACACAUUAUGUGCCUCACUCACUCAACAGUUACCUCUGUGUGCCAUCUGUCCUCUUGACUCACGUGUGAACAGUUAUCCAUUGAAACUUUUAAGCUGCUGGUCUAUAAAAUUGUAUAGAAAAGUUUUUACAUUUUUAAAUGCCGCGCAAAAUGGACUUUGCCUUUAAUCCCCCCCCCUCCUACAAAGUUUAAUUCGAUUGUAUUUCUGUGUUAUGUCCUUAUGAAGUAAAAAUAAACAAAGAAAAACAAACCUUUGAAAAUCACCACCCCUACAAUUUAAACUGUAUGUUUUAACAUAAUCUGCUCAAAAAAAUUUAAGUGAUUAUGAUCUGAAUAUCCACAAUCCCCUCAGUGUGCUCUACAAUACAUUUCUGCAAAACUUUUUUUUUUUUAAAGAAAAUAUACCACACUGAAACUCUUUCUAGUUCUCAGAAAGAAAUGUGUUAAUUAUUGUGUUUUAAUGAUUAGUGUUGCACCAGUUGGUUAUUGCUAUUCUCCGUGUUGAGUGUUUUCGGGGCACGUGGAUAAGUAAAAGUAUGUGAAGUGGAACUAAUGGGAGUAUUUCUGUAUGUUUUAUAUCUUCAGUGGUUGUUGAAUAUGCUCUGUUGGUUAGUUGUUUUCUUUGUACUUUUCUGUGAGAUUGAGGUAAUUUGUGCCAAAACACUGAAUCAUUCUGAUCUCUCAGGUUUCAUUCCCAGAUUAAGCUUGUUCUCAAUAAUCAGAAGCCAUUUUUGCAAAUUAGACAGUCUCUCAAAGUAAUAUUAGAAACUGUAUUUUAAAUGUUUUAAUGAUACUUGAAAAUGCACCUAACAUUUUAUAUUAGAAAGAAUAAUAAUAGAAAAACACCUAAAUUUCAUGCCUUAAGUUUGUAAAUUCAACGUAUGGAACUCAUAAUACCAGUACAAUGGAAAGGUCUGGUUUAUUUUUUAGUCCUAAAUCUGAAAAAUACAAACCUUAUGAUUGUAACCUUCUAUAAGACAUGUCAAACUAAAAAUCAGGGAUUAAAGUGUAACAGUAACCUAAACUUACUUUAUAUAUCUAUAUAUACAUAUUAAGUUCUGGAAACAAUUGAGACCACUCAAAACAAUCAAUUUCUCUGAUUUUACUUUUUAUAGGUAUAUAUUGGAGUAAAAUGAGCAUUGUUUUUUUUAUUAUAUAAACUUCUGACAACAUGUCUCUGAAAUUCCAAGCAAAAAUUUAGUAUUUAUUUGUAGAAAAUGAGAAAUGAUCAAAAUCAGUGCUUUCAAAGCUCGAAUAAUGUAAAGAAAACAAGUUCAUAUUCAUUUAGAAACAACAAUACUCAUGUUUUAACUCAGGAAGAGUUCAGAAAGCAAAGUUUGGUGGAACAACCAUGAGGUUUCCAAUGGGGUUCAAUACAGUGGUCUCUUAAUUUUUUUCAGAGUCGUAUAUAUAUAUAUACUUUGUGGGCACCCAUGAAUCACAAAAUAAAUGUAAAAUGCAGACCAGAUAUGUUUACAAAAGGUUGGAAACAAAUUUGAAGCUCUUUCUCCUAUAUAAUGAUUUAUUUCUUUUCUAAGUAUAGUUGUUAACAAACAUGUAUUCACUGUAGGCUGCUGUUUUCCUACCAGUAAUAAAAAUUACUCUUGUAUCCCUCUGGUUUGGUAUUAUCCAAACCAAAUACUUAAAUGUUUUUAACAGUGUCUUAUAAUGAUUUAGCCAAUGUGGUCAUUUGUUUCCAAUUUAUUAAACUAAAUUAAAAAUUGAUUUUGUUCUUUUUGAGUUCUGGCAAAAAAAAUAAAUAAAAACCACUGUAACCUCAAUCUGGUUGACAAAGAUUUUUGCCUUUUGUUGAAAUUGUCCUGGUUUUUAGUGCUUAAGCUCAGAUGGGUCUCCCCAUUUCAUUGUUUUUAUUACAUAAACUUUGAAAACUUUAAACUCAUAGAUUGCAAAGUGAAGCAUCAGAGGCAAUAUCAAAAUAUUUUGAGCCACUGCUUCUACUGUUUAGACUUGGGCUUAGCAUUAGUUAAAACAGAGCAGAUUGGCUUUAAGUGCUAAUGGGCUCUUGGAUCACAGUAUUUCCAUCCUUUCUUCAGUCAUAGUUGGUUUGGACUAAUGUUAAAAAGCAUUAAAAAAAAUUGUGUGACAAGUCUUGUAGAAUUAAAUUGUGAAAAAACGGUGGGAACUGUUUUUUUUUUUUUUGUCCCACUUGAAGACAGAGGAAAGCAUAAUGGCUAUAGGCAGGUAUGAUCUGUGUUUAAAUGUUUUAUGUACAAUGAGGAACCUUUGUGUGAUUAUAAUGACCAAAUCAGAUGCUACAGUGGUGCUUUGCAAGGUCAAUGUUUGGAUUCGUUGUUUUUAUGGUUGUAAUGUAACAUUGUCAAUUUUUUUUACUAAUUACAAAGCAACAGAGUUCAAGGAUUUGGAAGUAUGGCUCAUAAUCUUAUUCACACAAUCUAAUUAUCAUUUAAAAGUUUUUAUCAAUGUCUCAAAAGAUUCAUCUCAGAGGUUUUUACCAUCGUCUAUUGAAAGUGUUUUUGUCCAUGUCGCCUGUUUUGUUGUUCAGGUUCAGUAAGGCAGACGCGGAGUGAGCCGCUCACAGGAAGGAAGAACAGUACACCAAUAAUAUAUAAAAGGCAUUCAGCUGCAUUAAAGUAACCAGAUUGUAAAUAAAUUUCCUGGUUUAUUUUUGCAAAAUGUGAAAGAAUAUCAUAAAUGUCAAUCAAAAAUAAACAUUUAUUAUCAAAAAUCA